UAAGUACGAUGACGUCACGUCUUAAGAAGGUUGACAUAAGUGUGUCUGGUAUGAUAUAUAGAACAAACUAACUUUGACAAGCAUCGACCUUGCAUUUUGGUUCAAUAUCAGCAUCACAACAAUGGCUUUUUGAGUUCUGAUUGUUGCCUUUUAAGUCUCUAAAGUCAGUAAUGAUUUAGUUUCGCAUACACAUGAAAAGUUAGAGGAAUGAAGCGUAUCUUUAAGCCAUUUCUUUCUUUGCUGCCUAUAAAGCCAUCAACACUGUGUGUGGUAUGAAUGGACUCAUCUUGAACUCUAAGUGUUGCAAUUGCAUAUGAAAUACCAGAAUGUUCCUUGAUGUCAGCCAUUUUUAAGCAACUUUUUACUACUUAUAGAAGAUUUAUCGUCUCUGAGGAACCGACGCUAUUUAAUACCCCUCAGGGGGGUACGAGCUUUUCUGACGUUGGUUAAACAUAUAAAUUGCACAAUAGAGAAGAAGUGAGCAACUACGUACGAGGAGUGAAGAGCUGAGUCACACACAAGUCUUCGUGGCUCGUGGUUCUGUAUUYAUUGUAAAGCCAUGCUGAAUGUCAAUACCUUAUAGAUGCGGAAAGAUGUCCAGAUGAAAUCAUUAGGGAAAGGAAAGCAGAUAAGAGACAAAACGCGUAGGAAAAAUAAAGGUUGAAAGUUAUGGGUAAUAACCUACCCCAUGAACUCAACGUAGACAACAUUACAAACUAUUCACAAACUCUAGAAGCAGAUGAAGCGCAACAAAAUGGCUCUCCAGCAAGAAGGAAAACCUCUGCGAGCGUGAACGAGAUUCGAGAUCUGUAUUCUGCACUCCAAGAACUCGUGCCUAGUCAAGCUCGUCCUCCCUCGACCGCUCCCUAUGGAGUUAUUGGAGAAGAGACUACCAUUAAUAGAACUGACAGAGUUGACAUGGUUGAAAAAGAUGUUGCUUCGACAAGCUCUAACCCAAGUUCAAUGCCUGCAUUUACCAAACGUCACAGUUGCCAUUCUCCUUUGCCUCUGAAGUCACAACCAAAAGUGGUCCAGCGAAAGAGAUCAAAUUCCUGUUUUGUAAUUUCUGCGACCCCGAAUUCUCUUGCUCCACCAAGUCCGAACUUUUUGAAUGCAGACAGGGAGCGAAGAAGUUCGGAUUCGUCCACAGAACCGCAGGUAAUCAACGAAGAACUUUCUGAUCUCAUCGACAACUUUGRCAAAGAAAAAAAGAGUCUAACCAAAGGCGAUUCAUCUGAGGUUGAAAAUAGCUCGUCAAAACGAAGGCAUUCCGGUGGGGAUCUUUUAGGAGAAAGACGAGAAAAGUUUAAAGAUCCCAAGGCGAGGAUGAGAAGGAGGUCAAUAGGGGGAUCAUUGUUAUUGAAUGCUAUCAUUGAAUCGAAGUCAAGCAGGCAAGACUCUUUAGCGAAUGCGUUGAGCAUCAUUGCACGUAAAGACGAACUGCAAGAAGUCAUCGAAACUUGCCAAGAAACUUCGGAACAGGAGAAGAAAAAUCGUGGUGUCGUCGAUGAUGGCUUUGACGAGGUGGACGGAAGACCACAACAUCAACUAAAUCAGAAACCUUCGGAAUUAAAUGUUCAGAAUUCUAUAAACGAGCACCAAGAUAUCGAAGGGAAUUCUUCUGCUGAAAAGGUAACAGACUAUGUUCAAGAUGUAAAAACACAAGCAGUUGUUGGAGCUGAAAUGCAUAAUCUCCUUGAGGCUUUACAGGAACUUGUUGUCACAGGAGAAGGAACAACUCCACCAACAUCCUCUCAGACCAGCUCCAGAAGAACUUCAUGGGUAGAGAAAAGUUCACCGAAACGAAAAGAGUCCCUAGAUGAGCUGGAAGCUUUCUUUAAGAACAAACUCGAUGAAAUUUCUGAGAAAGAAAGCGAUGAAUCUAAUUCUAAAUUCGUCAAAAGUCAAACGCACACGGAAACAACUAAAAGAUUGAAGAACAAAAAGAUGGAGGAUGCCGAUAGAAAAUUAGGGAGUGAUAAAAAACGAAGAUCUUCAUCAGUCGAUCAAUACACAGGAGCCUCUUCCAUUCACAAAAGUCAAAGCAACGAUGAUUUUCUAAGUCCACGUCGUGUGGCAAGACAUGAUACCAGAGGUCGUCGUGCAAGCGUCCAGAUCGAAAUGAAUAGGACGAAUCCUGGAAGAUCGAAUCCUGAGACUUCAAUAAACGAAAAGAAAGUUACUACAAGGUUGAAAAACUCUUCCAGUCGAUCUAGAAGAAGGAAAAGCGAUAUUCCAAUCAUAAAGCAUAAGGAAGUUCUUUUAGAGUCGACAGAUGACGAAGCACGAAAACGAGCUCUUUGGAAAGAAGACCAAGAAGGGUUUGCCAAACAAGUGAAUCAAAGACUACAAGACUGGCUUGAAAGAGCAACAGCUGUAUCACUGAGUACAGCAGAAACCACAGAAGACGAUAGUGUAUCACAAGUAUCCGUCGAUACAAAUCCAGAGAGCCCUAAAGAAGCGGAUACUGUAAAAACUAAACGAGCGAAGUUCGCCAUCAAAAAGGCAUUCAGAGGUCCAAUUAAGCGUUCAAAGUCUCUUCAUAACUUAUUGGAUCCUGAAGAGAUUCAAGUUGAAAAACCUAAAAGCCGGUCGCCUCUGAUAGAACGCUCGAAGCAAAACUUACUUAAACUUAGUCGCCUGCGAAUUCCAAGAUCAAAGUCAAUGCACAAUUUUGCUGCGAUGAAACCAAACGUCGACAAAGUGGAAACAAAAUCGACUGAAUCCGAUGAAAGUAGCGAGAGUUCUUCGUGCAAUACUCGGCGCUCGACAAUUUGGUACGAUGAUGAAAGUUCACCCGAGAUGAUACCGAAAGUUAUCGAAAUUGAUAUCAGUGAGAAGAAUUUAAAUGUUGAUCACCUUUCUCUAAGAAGAAGGUCUUGUCCAACGCCUAAGAACAACUCUAUAAAUAGUUUAAUAGAUUCACAGCGUAUUAAACGUCUUCCUGUCGAUUUACCUCUAUUCUACGCUCCGGGAAUGGAACCCUCAAAUCUGCGAAUACAGAAAAAGGUGGAAAACAGCCUGCAAAAUACGAAUGAGAAGGAAAACAAGAUGCCUCGAGUUCGUAAACCGUUUUUCCCUGUAAGAAAGGAAAUCAAAAAUGAGCUGUUUUACAACGAACCUAAAGGUGAAACUCGACUUUUUGGAAAUCCGUUAUCGCCACCAACAAUAAACGAAUCUUCUUGUUCAACCACAGCCGACGAAGUCCAGCUUAUGAUGUUUCAAAAUUACGACUUAUCAAAUCCCAAUGUUUCAAAUGAUUUUGAAAGCUUUGAGGAAUUCAGAGCAAGAACAAAGUCGACGGAAUCUGAAGACUCUGGCUGCCCUAACACGAGUGAUUGUUAAACUGGUUUUACCUGUUUUACAGGAUACUAGUCUGCGCAUGACACAAGUUUGCAUACCGCUUCCUUGGUUGGGGCUUUCUAUUCCGCAAUCUCUUGCCCAGAGCCCUCAUUUCUUACAAGCAUGCGCAGUAAGGGUCUGGGCAAAAGAUUGUAUACUAGGGUUUCGGAAGUGCAUUUUUUCUUGCUUUCCAAAAUAAUUUUUAGUUUUAUUAUUUUAUGCAGGCUUAUCACUUGUUUAAUUUAUAGUUUAGUAUAUAUUUGAUUUUUGGACAUAUAUUUUUAUUAAUGCUUUUUCAGUAAAAACAUCAGUUUUUGACAUCUCUGGAAUACCGGGAGCCAGACGUGAGUUUGGUGUUCAUAACUUAAAAGCGAGACCAGUGGUUUCUGUCAAAAUUAUCAGUUGUACAUCAUUAUGAUUAUUUUGUUAUUUUCUACGCAUGCGCAGUAGUGUUACUACUAGACUGAGAGAAAAAGGGAGACAUGACUUAGCUCUCCUCAUUCUUUCUCUUCUCCCCCGCGACAGGAAGCCCAAAGAAUAGAAAAUGCGAAGAUGGCAAAACUAGUUCUAAGUUUUCUACCGAAUGGGCUUCUGACCAAAAACGACAAAUCAGAAUAUAUGAAUGCUAAAUUUUCCAAUGUA